GAGGGCAGCAGCAGCAGCGAAGGCAGAAGAGCUUCAGCGAGCAGGGAGCCCCCCCAGCCCAGCAUGAAGCCUGAGAGCUCUGAGUCACCGGCCUCCGAGUCGGUGCCCAGCGAGGAAGCGCCGCCCCCCGCCGAGGUCAAGGUCAAGACCGAGACCCCUGACGACUUCACCUGGCCCCAUGGCGCCGAGGAGCCCAGGAAGGGGAGCCGGGGGGCUGCCGGGGGGCCCCCGGCCGAGAUCUGCGUGGUUCUGGGCGGGGUCCGCAGCCAGCAGACGCUCGGUAAGCUAGGCUCCUACGAGUGUGCGAUCUGCGGAAAGAAGUACAAAUACUACAACUGCUUCCAGACUCACGUCCGGGCGCACCGAGACACGGAAGUGGCGUCGGGCGAAGGCGCAUCCCAAGGCAACAACUUCCGCUACACCUGCGACAUUUGCGGGAAGAAGUACAAAUACUACAGUUGCUUCCAGGAGCAUCGCGACCUCCACGCAGUAGAUGACCCCUACGACCAAGCUCUGGUCACCAAAGAUGAGGUGAAGGAAGAGGAUCCCGAACCAUUUCAGAAGAUUGGUCCAAGUAUGACUUUCCGGGUUUCCAACUUAAAGACGGGCAGCUAUACGUGCGAAUUCUGCGGCAAGCAGUACAAGUACUACACCCCCUACCAGGAACACGUGGCUUUGCACGCGCCGAUCAAGUAUUCCCGCUCUCCGCUCCUCGUGGCUGUCAAGACGCACGCUGGGAAGAAGGCGCCAGCGCCAGCGGCCUCCAUCAUCCGAUGCUCGGCCCUCCUCCACCGGGCGCCAUCAGGAGCAUCCCAACUCCAGAUGUUCCGGGCACCGAAUUCGGGAUCGCCGGGAAGCAAGGCCACCACAGAAAGCGUCUUCAGCCGGAGGGUGGAGAGCAAGUUGCAGAACAACUAUGACGAAACCAACAGCAGCUCCCAAAACUCCAGCGAGCCAUACACCUGCGGUGCUUGCGGGAUUCAGUUCCAAUUCUACAACAACCUCCUGGAGCACAUGCAGUCUCAUGCAGCUGACAACGAAAAUAGCAUGGCCUCCCACCAGCCCCGUUCCCCGCUGCCUGCCGCCCCAGAGGAGAAAUGGAAGCCACCGGCGGUGCAACGGGACGACGCUGACAACGCGCUUCCCAGCGGCGCCGUCCCGGAAAAGGAGCGCCAGUGUAUCGCCGAACGUCUACUCCGCCUGCUGUGCGCAGAGCCGGCGUCCUUGAGCGCCGUGAGCGGCCCCGAGUUCCUUAAGCUGGCCCAGGCAUUGGUGGACAGUGGCGCCCGCCAUGGCGCCUUCCCCGCCGCUGAGUCCCUCGGAAACCUUAGCGCACUGGCCCUGCAGCAGUUGCCUCGCAUGUACAACCAGGCCAAGGUAAAGGUGACUUGCGCCUUGGGCACCGGAGCCUGUCGUGGAAUUGGCGUCACCUGCCAUGCCCAGGGAGGUGGCCCUGAGGCCUGCCAUGUCCUGACGGCUCACCGGGCCGAGGGCGGGCGCAUCCGCAGCUACGUCCUGGCCGUCCGCAGUGCUGGCGAUGAGCCGGUCCACCGCUGGGCCCAGAACGUCCUCUCUGAAUUUGUCACCCCCGAGACCCGCGCCGCCUAUGUCACUGACGGCGGCGCCGGGCCCGCCUUCUCCAAAGCCGGGCUCUGCCUCCGCUGUGCCGCCUGCGCCCUCAACGCUGCCGUCCGCGGCGUGCUCAGCCAGCGGGCGCUCCAGGCCCGUGGAAUGCCAGAAGUCGCCGAGCUGCUGGGGGCCUGCCAGGACCUGGCUGGCUCACCAGGCGCGGCAGCCGAGGCCUUCGGCGCACCGGCACCACCCUGCUGGGACUCUCCAGCCGACGCCCUGCUGGCCGUCCAUGAGCGCUAUGAGCAGAUCUGCGAGUUCUAUGGGCGCGGGCAAGAGGCUAGCAGCGCCAACCCAGCCCACGGCCUCAACCGCCCACUACUGGCCAACCUGGCGGCUCUGCUGGCACCCGUCAAGCAGGCUGUGGCCGAGCUGGGCGCCGAGGGCCGGCCCACCCUCCAGCUGGUUCUGCCCACCUACGUCCGGCUGGAGAAGCUCUUCACGGCCAAGGCGGGCGAUGCCGGGCCGGUCAGCAAGCUCUGCCACCUCUUUCUGGAGGCCCUGAAGGAGAACUUCAAACUCCACGCUGCCCACAAGGUGGCCAUGGUCUUGGACCCGCGCCAGAAGCUGCGGCCCGUGCCACCAUACCAGCAUGAGGAGAUCGUCGCCAAGGUGUGCCAGCUGCUGGGCCUCUCCGACGAGGCGGAAUCCGAACCCGCCGCUGCCAAAAAGCCCCGGCCCGACACCGAGACAGCCCCCGAAGAGGCUGAGGUCUACGGCUACCUGCAGGAGCCCCUGGCCACGGCGGCCCCUGACCUUUUCCAGUACUGGUCGGGCGCCCAGCAUCCCCGGCUGGCCAGGCUGGCCUUGUGGCUGCUGGCCGUGCCUGCCGUUGGCGCUCGCGCCAGCUGCGCCCGCCUGUGCGAGCAGGCCCUCCUGAUCCGGCGGCGGCGGCUGCUGGGCCCUGAGGAUGCCAACAAGCUCAUCUUCCUGAAGGCCAACAUGCCUUAAGCGGGCAGGGAAGGGAGG